UAAAACCCUUGAAGCUCGACUAAACGGAUAAACCCCUCUACGCAGCUAUACCUAAAUCUCCGAGGUUACACUCAGGUUCACUUUCUCUCAACCCCACAGCACGUCUUCGAUUAGUGGGAAUGUCGAAGAAGGGCAAAAAGAGGGAGGAGGAUGAGGCUCUGUCUGAAGGAGAUGAACCUCCGAAAAAAUCUUCGAGAACAGAAAACAGUUCUGAUGACUCUGAUCAAAUCGUCGUCUGCGAGCUGUCUAAGAACCGUAGAGUCUCGGUCAGGAACUGGCAAGGGAAGCUUGUGGUGGAUAUUAGGGAGUUCUAUAUCAAGGAUGGAAAAGAAUUUCCUGGCAAAAAAGGGAUUUCACUGAGCAUGGACCAGUGGAAAAUACUAAAAGAUCACGUGGAUGAAAUCGACCAGGAGGUUGCGGGGAAUAUCUAGUAUUGGUAUUUAAUGUGUUUUGACAUUUGACUACAGUUGUUUAGGAAUCCUCGAGUAGAAUGAUGAGUGAAGUCACUGUUCCUGUAUGAUUCUUUGGGAAGUCUUGUUGUGGCUUGUAGGUAUAUGAAUGAACCCUCAUGCUCAACUUUUGUUUUGUAUAAUAUCUGAAUACUGGUGGCUUGCUGAUCGAUAGCUUUGUCACGUUACUGUUUUAGAACUUUGGCUUGCAACUUUGUCACGUUUAUUAACCUUGACUUGCCACAGAUAAUAUGGGAUAUUGUGGAUGAACUUGUAUGCAGUAUGCCUAUGGACAUAUAACUACUUUUUAGUAGCGUAGUACUUUUAUGUGGUGCUCAACGACUCGUUUUAUGGGAUCUGCAAUUUAUUAGAUGAUUAGCUCUAAUCUUAUUUCAUCUUUACGAGCACAUUGAAAUUUUAAUUACAU